AUGCAGGCUUCGACCUCUACGCUUUUCGUGGAACAGGACGUUCUAGAAAUAGAGAAACCAACUGCCGGCGAUAUCUAUGGUGAGGAUGAUUCCGAUGGGGCUGUGGAGGGUGGUGGUGGAAAUAUCGAAAAGAAGAAUCAAGAUUUAGAGAAGGGUCCCUCAAAGCAUGCGUCUCCAGCAGUUCUCGAUUGGGACGGACCAGAUGAUCCUGAAAAUCCUCAUAACUGGCCAAUAGGGAAAAAGGUUAUGCACAUUAUAGCACCCGCAGUAAUAUCUCUUACAGCUUCUUUCGGUUCCUCCGUCAUCUCACCAGCAUUCCCAGCCCUCGAAAAGCAAUGGGGCAUCAGCUCAACAGUUUCCAUCUUGCCUCUCACAACGUAUGUGCUUGCACUCGGACUCGGGCCUGUCAUUGCAGCACCAAUCUCCGAAACCUAUGGACGACACAUUGUGUAUCUCGCCUCAACCCCACUAGGAGCACUCUUCACGAUGGGCGCAGGCUUCUCCCAGAAUAUCUGGACUCUUUGCAUCCUUCGUUUCUUCGCUGGUCUUACUUUCUCCCCAGCGCUUUCCAUUGGGGCUGGUUCAAACGCAGACGUCGUCACGACCCAGAAUAGAGCAACCGCCUCAGCAUUCUACAUCUUGAGCCCUUUUCUCGGUCCGGCAUUAGGGCCGGUAAUCGGUUCUUUCGUAACCGUUCGCAAAUCCUGGCGCUGGACCCAAUGGACCCUUAUCUUCUUCGCCAUCUUCUCCUUCCUCCUCACGCUCUUCACCCACGAAACCUACAAGAAAGCCCUCCUCCUCCGGCGUCUCAAAUCCCGCGGUCUCCCUCCACCACCCAGCCCCUUCCCCUCCACGCUCGCCAAACUAAAAUUCUUCCUCACCGUCACGCUCCUCAGGCCUUUACAUAUGCUCGUCACGGAACCAAUCGUUGGGUUCUUUAGUUUGUAUGUAGCCUUCAACUUUGCGGUGCUGUUUUGCUUCUUUACGGCGUUUCCGUGUGUGUUUGAGAGUAUGUAUGGGUUCAGUACGGAGCAGACGGGCUUGGUAUUCUUGGCUAUUGGGGUCGGUUGUGUACUUGCUGUGCCGACUACUAUUCUUUGCGACAUCUACCUGUACCAACCGAGAUUCCGAGCUUCGAAGGCGGCUGGGAAGGGAGGAGUUGUAGCGCCGGAAUAUCGACUUUAUCCAGCGAUGAUGGGAAGUGUUGGGCUUCCGCUUGGUCUUUUCUGGUUUGCCUGGACUGCGAAAAGAGACGUACCGUGGGCCAGCCCAGUCGUAGCAGCGAUCCCCUUUGCAUGGGGAAAUCUCUCCAUCUUCCUCUCUGCCGCAAACUACCUAAUUGAUACCUACCAAGCGCUGAACGGCGCCUCUGCACUCGCGGCAAACGGCUUUCUGCGGUACACGUUGGGAGCCGUGUUUCCCCUUUUUACGCUGCAGAUGUACAGGGGAUUGGGUAUUGGGUGGGCGACGAGCUUGUUGGGUUUUGUUACUGUGGCUUUGAUGCCGGUUCCGUGGGUGUUGUUUAAGUAUGGGAAGGAAAUUAGGGGAGGAGUAGUUAUGAGACUUCGAAAAUUUAGGUGUUUUGCACUAGAAAGGGAGAAAAUUUGA